AUUUCUUCUCAAACUUUCUUUUUUCUUUGCAUCAUUCAUAAAGUAAGCCAACAGAUAAAGCCAGCCCACAAACGAACUAAAACAUUCUUUCUUGCACUAAAGGGCAGCUGCAGACAAACAAGGAGGUUGGACCAGUGAGAUCCAUGGAAGGGAUAGCUCCCAAUUCAUGCACAAGGCCAGGGUUAGAGAAGAAAGCAAGACCACAAGAACAAUUGAAUUGUCCAAGGUGCAGUUCAACCAACACAAAGUUCUGUUACUACAACAACUACAGCCUCACACAACCCAGAUACUUCUGCAAGACUUGUAGAAGGUAUUGGACAGAAGGUGGGUCUCUCAGAAACGUGCCUGUUGGAGGUGGCUCAAGGAAAAACAAGAAGGUCUCAUCAUCAUCAUCAUCAAAGGUUCCUGACUUGAAUCCACCAACCGUUUCAUCACUCUCUUCCCAAAACCCUAAAAUGCAAGGAGUCCACGACCUUAAUUUGGCUUUCCCUGCAGCUAUGGACAAGUACCAUGGCAUGUCUCCAUAUAUUGAGAUGCCAAAACUUGAAAUUGGCGACACCACUAGUCACCACCAUAGCUCUUCUUCUGCUCCAACUUCUCUUUCAGCAGUUGAGCUACUACGCUCUGGCAUGGCUUCUAGGGGUUUGAAUCCUUAUGCUCCUAAUCCUUUGAUGUCAAGCUCAGAAGCCCUUUACCCACCUGGCUUUCCCAUGCAAGAGAUCAAACCAAACCUUAGCUUUUCAGUUGAUAUGCUUGGAAACAGAUCAUAUGGAGUUCAAGAGAAUGGUGGUGGGAGGGUUUUGUUCCCUUUUACUUCUGCAGGUGUUGAUGUCGAACACAAUAAAGAACAAGGAAAUUCCAAUGGAUAUUGGAGUGGAAUAAUUGGUGAAGGGUCAUCAUGGUAAGGGAAGAAAAGAAGCAUUGUUGGAAGGACAAGGAAUUUCAGAACCUCCAUUGUUUUCGUUAUCUUCCCUAUUUCUAUCUAUCCUUUCUCACAUGGAUGAUUGUGAUCGAUCUGUUUGAGGUUGUUCAGAACUAACAAUAGGAUACAGAUGGUUACUCUGUUUUGUAUACACUAGUACAUUUGCUAUUCGAGCAAUGUGAGGAUUUUACAGCUC